GUAUAAACUAUAAAGGGCGCCAUGAUGCACGACCUGGUCAUGAACUUUCCCAGGCUUCGCAGCGCAAUCCUAAAUUCUCCUGACUUGUUCUACUGAUCGACAGAUCCCUUCAUCACAAUCAUAACCAUGUCUUUCAAGACAAUUGCCGUUGUUGGUGCCGCGGGCAGCGUGGGCAAACCAGUUGUCCAGGCUCUGGUGGCGGCGGGCUUCAAGGUCACGGCCGUCGCGCGAGAAUCGUCCACGUCGACCUACCCCGACGGCGUCGAGGUCCGCAAGGCUGACCUCAAAUCAGUCGAGGCCUUAACCAAGGCAUUUGCCGGCCAGGAUGUCGUGAUCAUGACGCCGCCGACCACCGAGUCGGGCAACCAGGCUCCCUACAUCGACGCGGCCGUGGCCGCCGGCGUCAAGCGCUUCAUCCCGUCCGAAUGGGGCCACAACACGCGCCCAGGCAAGCUGAGCGGCCCCAUGGCGGAAAUGAUGAGCGACAAAACCAGGGCGGUCGACUACCUGAUCGAGAAGGCAAAGCAGCACCCGGGGUUCACUUGGACCGGCAUCGCGACAAGGAUGUUUCUUGACUGGUGCCUGGCCAACUACAACAUCUUCGGCAUCGACUUCCCCGCGAAGACAGCCAUGAUCGUCGACUCGGGCAACGCGCGCGUGGCCACGUCCAGUCUGCCCUUCGUGGCGGAGUCGGUCGUCGCAGUGCUGCAGCGCGCGGACCAAACGGCCAACCGGUACGUCGAGGUGGUCGAGCACCACGUCACGCAGAACCAGCUGGUGCGCCUCAUCGAGGACGAGGCCGGCAUCAAGCUGGCCGUGACCCACACCAACGGCCAGGAGCUCGCCCGCAUCCGGGACGAGAAGAGGGCCCGGGGCGAUUGGACCGCUUUCAUUGAGGAGCUGCAGCGGUACAGCCUUUCCGAUGGGGUGGAUCAUUCCGUGAAGGAGGAGGAGACGGCGAAUGCUGAGCUGGGUUUGCAGGCUAGGGAUGUGAGGGAGAUUAUUAGGGAGUUUAUCAAGUCGCAGAGCGCUUGAUGUUCUUUGAUUCGGGUACCCCCUUUUUUUUUUCCCUUUUUUUUUUUUUU